AUGAGUGAUAAGCUCUAUCACUACACAAACAAAGCGGGUGCUGAUGGCAUAAAAAGGACCGGGGUCAUUCGCAGGAGUGGCAGCGCCAACGGUGCGGGCGGAGCGUUUGGGGCCGGCGUCUACUUCACAGAUCUCGACCCCCAUUACUAUUUUCGCAACGAAAUACUGGCCAACAAUUACGGCGGAAUCGCGGCCUCAUUCAAGACUAACAGCGACUACGUGGUGAUUGUCAAUCGGUCGAGUUUGCAACAGGGUCUAUUGACCCAAAACAAUGUGGACGACCGGCACAUAUACUGUUACGCCAAUGAAGUGCCGGUGCGACCCAAUCAGGUGUUUGAUAAGCCCACGUGUCGGUACAGUCCCGUCGAUAUUUAUCACUACACCAGUACUGCCAUCGCUGAGACCAUUAAACGUGAUGGCCGUAUACGCCCGACCGAUAAUGGACAGGGUAUUGGUAAGGGUGUGCUACUGACUGAGCUCAAUCCCUAUGCCAAUUACCGUAAGGAAAUUCUGGCUAAUAAUUAUGGCAAAGAUGUGCCCAAAGAAUACGCCAAUCGGGCUGAUAAUGUAGUGGUGGUCGAUCGGAGUAAGCUAAACAAAGCCAAAUUGAAUAUGGUGCAAAAUAUUGGCAACAGAAAU